AGGUAUGUAAUUUCAUACUGUAUUUUUCAAGAGAUCAAGCGUGAAUUGUACAGUCAUGAGGAAGUUUAGAUACGGCUUAUAAAUAUUCGAAAUACGCAUGAUUUCAUAUAGUUUAAACAGUUUCGGUGAAAAUAUUCAAAUAAGUAAUACGUUUUCUUCUCAGAUCUACAGAGUGAACGUAAUGAGUGACUUUAAAAGAAAUAAGACUGGAGAGCGAUUCCAAUGGGAAGGAAAGCUGGAAUUUCUCUUUACGACAUUUGGUUACACAGUUGGACUUGGGAACAUUUGGAGGUACUCCUACAGAUGCUACACAAACGGCGGUGGUGCCUUCCUCGUUCCAUAUUGGAUAACGUUAUUGUUUUGUGCACUGCCUAUGCUAUUUCUAGAAAUGUUUCUUGGUCAAUAUUUCUCCACGGGGCCUAUAACCGUGUGGUCUUUUUCUCCACUAUUUAAAGGACUAGGCUGGGCAAUGAUUUUCGUUACAUUCGUUACGAAUAUUUAUUAUAUCGUGUUAGUCGCUUAUGUGUUUUAUUAUAUGCUGGUUUCGUUUGUGAAUCUAGGAGAGGAUUUACCAUGGCAACGUUGCAAUAUCGACACACCAGAAGACAGGUAUAUAUGCCGUACUCAACCGUACCCAAAGUUUGGAAACAUGACGGAGAAAAACAGAAUCCAAACAUUGCUUGGGAUGAUGAACAAAACAUGUAUAGAAACUACACAAGCCCAGCCAAACGUAUCAGCUAUUAGGGACCUUAGCUUUAAAUCUAUCAAAGCCGAGUUUUCUCAUUGUGAGAUCAAGUUCAUCACGCCAGAGGAACAAUACUGGAAAGGAUUGCUGGACACUCACGAAUCUAACGACAUCGAAAAUUUAGGACCAGUUGUCGGAAGAAAUGCGAUAUUACUGUUUAUUGUUUGGGUCAUAGUGUUCCUAUGUUCUGUAAGAGGAAUUCGGUGCAUUGCAAAGUGGUCGUAUGUCACAGUUACUCUUCCAUCAGCUCUUCUUGUGAUCUUGCUUGUGAGAGGAUUAACGCUGGAAGGAUAUGACGUCGGUUUACACUAUUAUCUCACACCAGAUUGGAGCAGACUUUCUGAUUGGUCACUCUGGGCCAGUGCUGCCACACAAGUAAUGUAUUCUACCGGCAUCGGCGAUGGCGCCCUUAUUUGCCUUGCAAGUUACAACAAAUUCAAACAUAACAUUUUACGAGACUCAAUAUUACUAGGACUUGUUAACGCAUUCACCAGCAUGUUAGGCGGAUUGGUUGUAUUUUGUUUUCUUGGCCAUGCUUCGGUUAGGUUGAACAAACCUCUAGAAGAUAUUUUUGACAAAGGUCCGGGACUGAUUUUUAUUUCGUACAUACAAGGUCUGUCCCAGCUGCCUAGUUCCAGUAUGUGGUCUUGUUUAUUCUUUGCAAUGGUUUUUACAUUAGGCCUUGAUUCGGUUUUUGUAAUGUCAUGGGCAACAUAUGCCUCAAUUGCGGAUGUCUUUCCAAGGAUACUGAAACGAAGGAAAUUAAUUUUCGGUAUGAUAUGUUUAAUUUCAUUUCUUCUUGGGCUGCCAAUGGUUACGCGCGGAGGGAUUCAUAUGGUUGUUUUGUUUGACGGAUACAUCGCUGACUAUGCAAUGACAAUAUUUCUACUCGCUGAAACUAUUGCUAUAGUUUGGUUUUACGGAAUUGACAAGUUUCUCUCUGAUGUCGACUCGAUGUUAGGUAACAGUGGCAAAGCUCUACACCUGUACCUACGAGCAAUGUUUGUGGUCACCGUACCUGUGUUUUGUUUGCUGAUCCUAUGCGCUUGUAUUGUUGGUUACACGAAGACGUCCUACGAUGGCACUGAAGUGUCCGCCUCUGGUGAAGCGAUCGGUCUGGUGAUAAGUUGUACACCAAUCGUCAUAUUUCUCUCGUUUAUGGUGUAUCAAAUAGCAGAUGGAUGCAAAAACAGACAACACAUAUGCGAAACAAUAAGGAAGCUCACACAAUCUCUAGUUAAAUUGAAUGACCAAAACAACCACUCGUUCAAUCCUUAUAUAACGCCAACGAGUGAUUUUCACAAUGAGAAUACAGAACUAUCAAACAUGCAAGACGAUAAUGAAAUAUACAUAACUCCUUGCAGCAGUGCGUCGUACGAUGUUGUCAGAUACAACAUCCCAGAGGAGGGGGAACAUUUCUCAACUUUGAAAGAACAUGUGACACCAGAAGUGGAUACGUCAACGGACAGAUCACAUGCAACGGUCGAAAAGUCGACUGUUUCUCCUUGGGAUUCCAACACGGACAUUCAUUACCAGCAAUAUACAGUAUGA